AUGGCGAACCUGGAAAAGGAUCUGAAAGAGGUGGACAAGAUCGGAAAGCUUUACUUCAAAGGAUCCUUGAAUGAAAGUUUUUUUUAUGAAACGGUCGCCACAUUGGUCGAGUUGACGGCGAAGGCGACACCGGGCACUCGGACGCAAGUUCCUACCUCUCAGUGGAUGACCAAAGCGAUGAACUCGACAAACGCUGCGAGACUGCCGCAGAGGGAACUGGAUCCGAGCACGCUGAAUAAAUUCCACCAGAUGGAGAGGCUCAUAAAGCUGGCGGAGCCUCGAGUGUCGGUCGGAAAGUGUUAG